AUGCCCAGCAAACCUGGGAACACGCUUCCAGCGCCCCCAGCCGACAAAGCCUUUUCUGAAGCGGUCGAAGGCGGUAAACUCACCCCGGGCGAGGCUGAUGAUAAGAGUCGUGCGGCAUUCCUAGAGGCAACUGGUUCCGCUGCUGAGUCUGUGGACACAUCUUACAAUGAGGAGCCGCUUGUCUCUGCGUCUGCCCCCUAUCAAGCGACGAUCGAAAGUUCAGACAUUAAGUCCAUCUCAUCUAGCGAGCUCCAAGUAACUCCACUGCACAUCCCACAACCGCCCGUGCCACCGUUGCAAUACGGGCUGGAGCGAGCUUUGUUCAAUCCAGGCGUCUAUCAGCUUCAGGAUCCACACUCUCGUGUCUACAACUUUGAUCCGUACUUGGAAAAGGUCAUGCCGAUCAACGAAUUUGAUUUCAAUGCGCUCAAAGCAUACAAGUCGAGCUCACAAGACGACAUCCUUUCAACCUUGGCUAAGGAACACGGGAAGACCUACGUUGGGUCAACUUCCAGCAUGACCGGCACACUCGCCCAUUUCCAUUAUUUGCUAUCAAAUUGGCGGGAGCUGAACCUCAAUAUGCUUUCCAAGGGUUUCGCUGAAACAUCCGCCACAUUCACGCAGAUCAAUCGAGCGCCCAAUGCUAUCUUCUUGCGAUGGCAGAACGGGACAUAUGCCAUUGAUGCUGACAAGGAGAUGGAUGGUGCGAACGUGCUGAUGAUGCUCGGUAAGAGCAUGGAGAAGCUUCUCACCGUCCCCCGCGAGGAGUAUGAGCGUUAUCGACGCGGUAAUACCUCCAACCCUAUCACUAACGCGGAGAAAGAGGAGCCUGAAGCAUACGAAUACACCACGCAAGGCGACUUUCUGAUGCGCUCGCAGCUCGAUGCCCACGAUCCGCGACUACCCGGCACGGGCAUGUUUGAUCUGAAGACGCGCGCUGUCCUACCCAUUCGUAUGGACGCUGAGGAGUAUGAGCAAAUGCUCGGCUAUGAAAUCUUCUCACUGCAAGGCAAGUGGGAGAGCUACGAGCGCGAGUACUACGAUAUGAUGCGCUCCACCAUGCUCAAGUACAUGCUGCAGGCGCGCAUGGGCCGCAUGGAUGGCAUCUUUGUCGCUUACCACAACAUUGAGCGGAUUUUCGGGUUUCAGUACCUUCCCAUUGCUGAACUUGACCGCGCCAUCCACGGCCAGAUCGAUAGGAGCUUGGGAGACCAGGAGUUCAGGACCAGUCUGAAUCUGUUCAAUGAGGUGCUUAAUAUGGCGACCGAGAAGCUGCCGGAGACGAGUCUGCGGCUUCACUUCGAGGCUGCGCCGACCCCAGCUAACAUGAUGUGGGUCUUUGCUGAGCCCAUGGAGGAGGCGGAAGUGGAGAAUAUCCAAGGUGCGACGAAGGUACGCCGGGCCGAGUUUGAAAGGAAGAUGAUGGGAAUCGAGCCGGAGACCGCAGCCACUGAAGUGAAGGAUGAUGUCGAGCCGGAUGUGGGUUUCGAAGCCGAGUCUGACACAUCAGCGACAUCUAUCGCAGCUCCGCCAGUCGAGCCCACCGCUGAACAGCUGACGGAAGAAGGCAUCAAACCCCUUUUCGCCGCCACCGUCAUCAUCCAGAACUUUGUCAACGGCCUACCGUGUGAGAACAACCGUCCUGUCAACUUUAAGCCCAGCGAUAAGUGGGAGGUUCAAUACAUCCUCAAGGAAGCUCCGCUCACCGAGGCGGAGAAGUGGGCACGGUAUGAAGACUGUAAGGCUCGCCGUAGAAAGAUCCUCAUAGGCGCCGCGGCAGAGGAGGGUGACAGUGGAGAUGGAGAGGAGGGCGGUAUAGUCAGGAAGUAUCAGUCUACUUCGAAGAAGGAUCGCUGGUACUUCGCCCAUCUGAAGGAGAUGGUGGCGAGAGGGAGGGAGUUCAGGCGGAGAAUGGAUAAGUUGGAGGAGCGGAGGGAGAAGGUUGUUGUUGGGAUGCCAGUUCCCGAGAAAGUUGUGGAUGUCUCGGCUGACACCGGCAAUGCUGUUACCAUCAAGGAGCUUGAAGGUGUGGAGAGCUACAUGGACUGGCUUUAUCAGCAUCAGGGGCGCAAGUAA